CACCACCCCGCCAGCGAUCGGAGGAGAAACUCCGCUCUCUCGCUUCUAAGCGGAUGAACUAUGCUUUGACACCAGGACGCGUUUAGGGGUUCGUCACGCAAAUCGGAGCAUCGCCAGGCUUUUUGGCGUCUUCACUGUAAUCGUGGGAAAACCUUCAUAAGAACCCACGGAGAGCCAGUGGCGGAAUGUGAGAAACCACCCCCAAAUUUUAGCGCAUGUUCCUCUCCGUUGUGCACAGCCUUCUCCUGCUUUCUGCGCGGUUGGAAAGCGGGGGAAAAGGAGGAGGAGGGACGGCUUUUAACGACUCGAUCUCUUGCCUAUGGACGACGGCGGUCCCCUCUCUCCAAAGGCAAAUGCUUUCAGUAUUGCCUCUCUGAUUUCGGCUGCAGAGCAAACAGGAAACGCAGCGUUUGAAAAACACGGCACCGGCCUCGACAAGUCAGACCUGCAUAACCACAGUUCCUUUAAAAUGCACUACAGCACUGUCACCCGGGAAAUGGAAGCCAUAUCCAGUCCGUGGCUGACGCAGCUGUCCCAUUUUUGCGAUGUUGCAGCCUUCACGACGAGCAGCCUGAGCAGCCUCAACACGCCGGGGGGCUACCACCUCUCUCCCUCCCCCGGGGACCCCUACAGUCAGCAUGAGUCCCAUUUCGAGCCCUGCCCGGCCGCCCAACACAACUACAACUAUCCGGGAUCCAACCAGGGCCAGGCCCCGUCGAACGACAACGGGACCGCCAAUUGCUCCUCAUCGUCCUCAAGCUCUACGCCGAACAGCAAAACUAUAGUGAAGAAGAACCCGAAAGUUGCCAACAUUAACGUUCAGUUGGAGAUGAAAGCUUUAUGGGAUGAAUUUAACCAGCUAGGCACAGAGAUGAUCGUCACCAAGGCCGGCAGGAGAAUGUUUCCAACUUUCCAAGUGAAAAUAUUUGGGAUGGAUCCCAUGGCAGACUACAUGCUCCUGAUGGACUUCCUGCCUGUAGAUGACAAACGUUACAGGUAUGCUUUCCACAGCUCGUCGUGGCUGGUGGCAGGCAAAGCUGAUCCCGCCACACCGGGCAGGGUCCAUUACCACCCAGACUCUCCGGCCAAAGGCGCACAGUGGAUGAAGCAGAUCGUCUCAUUUGAUAAACUAAAGUUAACUAACAACCUUCUGGAUGACAACGGACAUAUCAUUCUGAACUCCAUGCACCGCUACCAGCCCAGGUUUCAUGUGGUUUAUGUGGAUCCCCGGAAGGACAGCGAGAAAUACGCAGAGGAGAAUUACAAAACCUUUGUUUUUGAGGAAACCCGCUUCACAGCGGUCACAGCGUACCAGAACCACAGGAUCACACAGCUGAAGAUAGCCAGUAACCCCUUUGCAAAGGGCUUCAGGGACUGUGACCCAGAGGACUGGCCCAGGAAUCACAGACCAGGCUCUCUGCCAAUAAUGAGUGCCUUUGCCAGAACAAGAAACCCAAUGUCAUCUCCCCCUCAGCAGAACGGCACAGAGAAAGAAGACAGUAGGCGGGAAUAUGAGCGAGACCCCAGCGGCACGCCUAUACACGCAGACCCAGCUCACCAGCUGAUGUCCCGGGUCCUCAGCCCCGCCCUGCCCGUCCCAGGAGGCCUGCACGCCGUCCCGAUCACAAGCGGCCGGCCCAGCCCUCCCCACGACCUUCGGCCAGAUCCCCACCCUCUACCCCCGGACACCCUGCACCACCACCCCUACAAGUACCCCACCACCUAUGAACACUACCUGGGAGCCAAGACCAGGCCGUCACCCUACCCUUUACCUAGUAUCAGAGGACACACAUACCAUCACCACAUGAACCCUGCCACAACUAACAUGUAUUCAGCCACCAGCGGCCCCUCUAACUAUGACUAUGGGCCCAGAUAAUGACUGCUGUCCACCAGGGCUAACAGCAAGCAGCACUGUGGGAAUGGAAACAGACAGGAAACACAAUCCUGCCUGUCGAUGGCUUAAGCAACCUGCAGGGUGCAAUCACGGGCUGAAACUCCUUUCUGCUGGAUAAACCCUGCUGUAUUUAUUUAAAGGAAAUGCAUCUUUGCGUCAACAAUGGGCAUCUGUUCUAGGCCCCUGAAGAGGUCUGCUUUGACCUUUGAACUGAAAAUGGCAAUAGGUCUACAUCAGGCCACCUCCUACCUGAGCAGUGCAGACAUUGAGCCAGCAAAGUGAGGACAGAGGAGAGACCUCAACUUAACACAGACUUUCAUCACAGACUGGAAUUGAUUUUUUUUUUUUUGUGUGUUGGAUGCACUUUUUGAUUUGCCUUGUUUUUAUUGCUUUCAAAAAAAGCCAUAUGUUAUAUAGUCCAUCAGCCUUUCUAGGUAGACGAGACGUUUGCAUGUCAUCAGAGAGAGAGGGUGUGCCGAAACACAUUGAAAUGUUUUUGUUUGAGGAAAAAAAAAAACAAGAAAAAAACGUCAAGAUUUGAUUUUUGAAACACUCUUGAGCCGCUCUGAGAAGCUUGUACCAUGGCACUGACUUGCAGCAAUUCAAAGUAAAUAAAUGAAGCAGAAUGACUGUUCUGUAUCUAUAAAAUAAACAUUAAAUUCUUGUAAUUCA